GCGAAUGUACAAGGGAGUGCGCGCAUCUUUGCAUACUUCAUUUGCACGUUAAAGCAUCAUACACUCUAUUUAGAAACCGAUUGUUGAAUAUAAAGCGCGUAUCGAGCUUUUUUGAGUGCAGAGUGCAGACGCGCGCGUCCCGCAGAAAUGCAGAUUCGCAAAAACAGCGUCGGAGUAGGUAAUGUGAGUUUGGAGCGAUUCUCACACGAUCCAUCGCACAACGUUCACUAUUGCUCAUGAACUAUAAGUUGCAGAAUAGCUAUUCUAUGUGUGUGUGUGCGUGCGCGCUUGUGUGUGUGUCAUUAUAUUAAUAAUCACACGCACGACGGCGUGGACGUUCACUGUUCACAACGAAGCUUGAAUAGGGCAUUUGACUCGUUGUGCACGACCAUUUUUUCUUUUUCGCGGUCUUCGGUCUCCGUGGCGGAGAAAAAUCGCGUAGGUACGUUUAGUGUUGAUAUGAUACAGCAGUCGCGAAAACGUGUUCACGUAUUAUAUCGAUCGAGCAAUCCGCCUUCUACUGCUACUCUUGCCUUUAGUAUACCUACACUCGCAGUUCAUGCUCGUACAGUUAUAUACUACCUAUUUUUUAUGUGAGUGUAUAUCAGUACGCAUGCAACUCGCUAUUUCGUACACCAAUACUGAGCAGCAGUACUUAACGUGUACACACGGACGAACGUAACGCAGCUCAAUUUUAACUUUGCUGCUGACUGGUCUAGUGUCUCUAGUGCUGUUGCUCCUCGUUUGGGUGUGUAAUGUGUACGUGUGUGUAUAAAGUGUACGUGCAAGUACCUCUGUACUUGUGUGCUUGUGUGCACACUGUUCUGUGUGUAUCCUGAUUUUGUUGCCCUCUCUUUUUUUCGCACUCCGCCGUUUCUCUCGCGAAUGUAAGAGAGAGAGAGCAAAAAAGCUGAAGCAAGUUCGCGAUUGUAUACAGUACAUCGUACACGCUGUACAAGACUGACUUACGUGCAUAUUCAAGCACGCGAGAAUACGACAGUAAUCAGGCUAGUGCCACACACACACACACACAUAUAGACAGAUUGCAUAAAUUCAAUACUCUCAAUAUUAUUUUAUGUAUUGACUGUGAUUUAAACAAUAAUAAUAUAAAUUCCGUACACGGCUCAUAAGACUAGACAGUGUUUGUGCGUGUGAGUGUGUAAACCAAUACUCUAUUAAUGUGUAUACAACUACAUACGUACAGAAUAGUAGCAGCAGUAGUCAGUGCGUUGAGUGCAGUAUAUAGUGCAUAGUGAGCAAGAGAGAGAGAGAGAGAGACAGAGAUAGAGAUAGAGAAAGAGAGCAAGCGAGAUAGAGAGAGAGAGAACGAGCGCGGCUGUGUGUAUGCAGUAUUUAUACACAUAUUGCUGUCUGUGAAUGUAUACGUGUAUAUUCGCUCCGCGCCGAGCUGAAUAGUGCUGCGCUGCUGCUUCUGCUGAGUUAUAUGGUGUAUUGAGAAGACGACGACGACGACAACGGCAACGACGAAGCUGAAGUCCCAACUCGGCUCAUUCGACGCGCACCGGCUCUACGUUUCACCCUGCACUGCUUCGUUUCGCCCUGUUGCCGCUGCUCCCACUGCUGCUGCUCCGCUGCCUCAGCUGUAAUGGCCGCAGCCGUAUCAUGAAAUGAAGGUACCCAUCCACCAGUUUUACGAGCUCAAGAUGGAGGAGAACUCGGGCUCGGCGCCGCCGUCCUCGGCCCUCGGGGCGCAGAAUCAUAACGGCGGCGGCGGUGGCCAGCAACUCUUCGGAUCUGUCAACGUCUCCGUGGCCAACAAUAAACACCAGCAACUCGGUGGCGGUGGCAUCAACGACGUAGACAUUACCGGUGAUAAUAAGGAGCAGAGCCCCCAGUACUCGAUGCCAGGUGUCCUUCACUUCCUCCAACAUGAAUGGUCCAAAUUUGAGCUUGAAAGGUCCCAGUGGGAACUCGACAGAGCUGAGUUUCAGGCGAAAAUAGCAUUUCUGCAGGGCGAGCGCAAGGGCCAGGAGAAUCUCAAACUAGACUUGGUGCGACGCAUCAAAAUGCUCGAGUACGCUCUCAAGCAGGAAAGGGCAAAAUUCCACAAAUUAAAAUAUGGCACGGACUUGUCAGUGGAGGAGGGUAGCACCGGCGAAACCGAGACCGACAUGACCACGGACGGUGGCGGCGGCGAUACCGAGACGCCCUUCUCGUCCAUCAGCAAUAUUACUUGGCGGCAAGGUCGUCAACUUUUAAGACAGUAUUUACAGGAAAUCGGCUACACUGAUACGAUAAUAGAUGUCAGAUCAAAUAGGGUACGGUCUCUCCUCGGUUUGAAUAAUAAUCAAGACUCAGAAGAUACAAAUACUCCAGCGCUAAAUGGCAACGAAUCAACAAAUAAAAAACGAUACAGACAUCCAAAGUAUCCCAAGAGUUGGUUUUCUCCUAAAAAAGAGGGAUGCAACAAGCAACAACCGUCAUCAAUAGCCGAAGCUAUGAUACUCGAUACAGAAGCAGCCGUAAUGGCAAAUUUCGAAUUUCUUGCCCAUACAGAUAUUGACAUGGAGGAAGAAGAUAACGACGGCGAGGAUGAAAUUUAUGACUCGAAUACAGACGCUAAACAAAAUAAAACGUCUAUUAUGAUGGAAGACGUCGAUGCCGAAGCUGAAGAAGUUUUAAAUGAACUGAACCUUUUAACAGAACACGAAGAAUCGAUCAUUCACGUAGACCUCGAUUCAAACGAUUGGAAUUCUGUACGUAGAGGUAUGCAACCAGAUUCUAGUAGACGUCCUUGCGAAGAAAGUGGCUCGUCGUUGGGUUUGGGUGAAUUAGCACAAUUGACCGUAAACAAUGAUGCCGAAGCAGCGUACGAUAUGUCGGCAAAUAACGAAGAAGCAUGCAGAAGAUCUUGGAAUGCCAAGUAUACACUACGUUCGCAUUUCGACGCUGUCAGAGCUCUCGUGUUUCAUCCGACUGAGCCUGUUCUAAUAACAGCCAGUGACGACCAUACACUAAAACUUUGGAAUCUUCAUAAAACUGUUCCUGCAAAAAAAUCGGCUUCAUUGGACGUUGAACCGUUGUACACAUUUAGAGCUCACACUGGACCAGUUUUAAGUUUAGCUAUGAACAACACAGGUAGCCAUUGUUUCAGCGGAGGAUUAGACGGAAAAAUACAUUGUUGGACUUUGCCGUCGGCCAACAUCGAUCCUUACGACUCGUACGAUCCUAGUCUGCUCAGUCAAACCCUUACCGGUCACACCGAUGCAGUUUGGGGUCUUAGUAUGUGUCAUCCACGUUCGCAAUUACUGUCCGUCAGUGCUGAUGGUACGGUCAAACUGUGGAGUCCCGCCAGCAAAGUACCCCUUCUCAACAACUAUACAUCUGAACUAGACAAAAAUCCUACAUCGGUAGAUUUUAUAUGGGAUGAGCCACAUAAAUUGGUAGUUGCUUACGAAGAAGCAUGUGUAAUAUUCGAUGGCGAAACUGGCCAAGUUGUAUCUAGACUUGCUGGUGACGCAACGCAGGGUGUUAACCGUAUCGUGGCCCAUCCUAUAUUGCCGUUAGUUAUAACAGCUAGUGAGGACCGUUCUAUUCGUUUUUACGAUCAUCGUUCGGCUAGCCUCGCACAUUCUAUGGUGGCGCAUUUGGACGCUGUAACUAGUCUUGCUGUAGAUCCUAAUGGUCUCUAUUUACUUUCUGGAAGUCAUGAUUGCAGUAUAAGGUUGUGGAAUAUGGAUAAUAAGACUUGUGUCCAAGAAAUAACAGCUCAUCGUAAAAAGUUCGAUGAAAGUAUUUUAGAUGUAGCAUUUCAUCCUUCGCGGCCAUUUAUUGCAAGUGCAGGCGCUGAUGCUCUCGCCAAAGUAUUCGUGUGAAUACCAAAUCAGAUUGAUAUUGUACAAUCUGAGUCAUUUAAUGGUUUUUGUACUCAUAUUUUUUGUAGAUUUACGUGUACGCAUUACACUUCCAAAUCUGUUUUAAAUUAAGAUAAUAUUAUUAAUAGAAAUAACUCAUUAGAAAAUACCUUAUUGAAUGUUCAGACACGCAGUAAAGGUACGAUUAUUGUAUAAUUUUCACAAUUAAAGAUAUUUCAAGUUAAGACUUUUUUUGUUAAUAAAAAAUACAUCACUUGUUGGUAGACAUCCAGUGUAAAAGUGAUAAUGCACAUUAUACAUAUGAUCUGCCAUUCCUUGUUUAACAACCGAACCAACGAUUGCGUGAUUUGUCUUUUGUUGUCAAUUGAGCUGAUUGUUUAGUAAAGUCAUAGACUAUGCAUAAAAGUCUUAGUUGUGCCUUGUAUUAUUUUAUAAAAAACAGUACAAACUUUGAAUAUGCAAAUUUGUAAGCUGACUUUUUUUAUUAUUUUUUAAAUUUCCAUUCAUGAUUAUUGUUACUCAUUGGCCGAUCAUAAACUUAUGAAUUAAGUACUCUGUAGCUUGUAAAAAAAACAAAAAAAAAAAA